AUGGGAUCCAGUGUGAGCAGCUCUUCCGCCUCAAUGCGGCACAUGAAGAUGGACGAAGGCCAACAUCAAGAUGACCUGAAAGAUGUAUUUUCCAAAUACUCGCCAUCUCAACAGUCUCGAAAAAGCUCAUACUCCUAUCAAGAUUUGAUUCAUGUUCCAAUCAAGUCAUCUACUAACGCGAGCACAGGACGUUCGCAUCAUCAUCCUUUGCCCAAGUCUUCCCCCUCUACCACUUACUCUCAGGAGUUGAUUCAUCAAUCUCAUAAAACGCGAGGUCGUUCCUUUACAUUUGUUCAACCACUAUUUUCAGAGGGUACAAAGUCUAAUGGUCCUCCUCCUCAUCAUUCCAAAAAACAUCAAACAAAACAGAUUGCUUCCACUCAAAUAUAUCAUCAAAGUACCACUUGUAAUGAACUGCAAGAGGAGGACGAUCCGUUGGAGCAUCAAGUUAUUGACAGUUUUCAUGUUCGCAAGGUGAAAUAUAGACCAUCCUCCGGAAGAGAUGUUGCAAACACACAAAAACGGCUACAACCCCUAAAGUUUUCAUUGAAACAUCAGUCCAACCAUUAUGAACGGGAAGAAUUUUUGAUUAUCAUCACUCCACCCACAGUGCCUUAA